UGUCUGUCUGUGGAUGUGUGUGUUGUGUAGCCAGUACGGCCCCGCAAGACUACAUGAAGGCAGGCUGGGAGUGGGAGGGAGGACUCGAGAAGCAAAACAUGGCGAAAUAACAAGUUUGGCCGUGAUCCGCAGUUAGAAAGUGCACCGUGCCUUGCAGCGUUCGGACUACGUUUUACAAGUUUCGUCAGAUUUGGACGCCGGAAUAACGAAAAGCGACGCUUAACUUUGAAGCGUCGAGUGCUCCGGUUUACAAGUAUUACGGCGGCGUCGGCGAAAGCGUAGUGCCCGUCUGUCUGCCCGCCCGAGCCCGUGUUUUCCCCCGGAAGGUUGGCGGUGCUGGGCGCGACUGUCAACUCAGGAAAAUGGAUGAAGAAGGAAAGUUUAUUCAGGAAAAGAUUGUUUAGCCCGCUAGCCUAGCCGCGUUAGCUCCGCCGUUGACGCGAGACGGACCGCGCGCGCACCUGACGCGGUGUUCGGAGGGCUGCUCGCUCCGCCGCAAAUUGAGGGAUAUUUAAGUCGUAUUAACAAGUUUGGCAACUGCGGCGCCACUGCAAGGCGUAUUUUAAAAGAGGUAUCCGUUUAAUUCUCCCCUCGGUGCUGUUCGCUGGGGAUAUUCCGGGCUCGGCAUGACAGCCUGACAGUCGGUUCUUCGGUUCUGGUGCGGUGCGGACGGACCCGGACGCCAUCACACCAGACGUUGCGUUCUCCUUAAAAAAAACAAACGCUGAGACACUCGUGAUUUUUUUUAAUAUACUUUGUCAGCGGAGCUGCUAGUGUUACAGCAGCACGUCAAACAUUUUUUCUCAGUUUUUCCUCCUUCCUGCGACGUGCUUUAUUAAAUCAGAGACAAUUAGCUGGGAUGUUGUUGAGCAGCGGAGACGCGGCGUCUUGUCAAAAUGAAAGCAGCAAGGUGUUCAACAACAGUGGAGGUGCGCCGCAGCUAAAACCUGCCAGUUGUUAGAUUUCUCCCGAUGGCUGGCUGACGACGACGUUCGCAGUUUGAUGAAAUCUCCUGUAUUAGGCUGAGAGACUGCGGCCGAUAUUUCUGUAAAAACAACUGCGGAGAACAUUGUGGCUGUCGGCCGGAGUUGAGGCGAGCUAGCUGGGUGCGUCUGUAGCUCAAUCUGCGAUGUAUCUGCUCCUCUGAGUCUUGCAACAGCUUCGCUGGACUCGACCACCACCUUGCUGCAUUUUUUUUCCCGGAUCGAUUGCCAAAGGGGGGCACUUUAUUCUUCCCCUUUCUAAAAGUACUUCUUGUUAAAUAAGUGGCUAACUUGUUAGCUUCUAAGUUUGGCCAGCUAUGUCUGAAAACGCCCCCACACGAAGCCUGGACGACAUAGACCUCGCCGCUCUCAGGGAUCCAGCAGGGAUCUUUGAGCUGGUCGAGGUUGUCGGCAAUGGGACAUACGGACAGGUGUACAAGGGCCGUCACGUGAAGACUGGCCAGCUGGCUGCCAUCAAGGUGAUGGAUGUUACAGAGGAGGAAGAGGAAGAGAUCAAAGCAGAGAUUAACAUGCUGAAAAAAUACAGCCACCAUCGCAACAUCGCCACGUACUACGGUGCCUUUGUCAAGAAGAGUCCACCAGGACAUGACGACCAGCUUUGGUUGGUGAUGGAGUUCUGCGGGGCAGGAUCGGUGACAGACCUGGUGAAAAACACAAAAGGCAGCUCUCUGAAGGAGGACUGGAUUGCUUACAUCUGCAGAGAGAUCCUGAGGGGUCUUUCUCACCUCCAUGCUCACAAAGUAAUCCACAGAGACAUUAAGGGCCAGAAUGUGCUGCUAACAGAGAAUGCAGAAGUUAAACUUGUUGAUUUUGGGGUGAGUGCCCAGCUGGACAGGACUGUCGGUCGUAGAAACACUUUCAUCGGCACGCCCUACUGGAUGGCGCCAGAGGUUAUUGCCUGUGACGAGAACCCCGACUCCACCUAUGAUUACAGGAGUGAUAUCUGGUCUUUGGGGAUCACAGCCAUUGAGAUGGCGGAGGGAGCUCCUCCCUUGUGUGACAUGCAUCCAAUGAGGGCCCUGUUUCUGAUUCCCAGGAAUCCUCCUCCAAAACUUAAGUCUAAAAAAUGGUCCAAGAAAUUUAUUGACUUUAUCGAAGGCUGCCUUGUGAAGACGUAUCCCAGCCGGCCAUCCACGGAGCAGCUGCUCAAACACUCCUUCAUCAGGGACCAGCCCACCGAGCGGCAGGUCCGAAUUCAGCUCAAAGAUCACAUUGAUCGGACACGCAAGAAGAGGGGGGAGAAAGAAGAGACGGAGUACGAAUACAGCGGCAGCGAUGAAGAGGAUGAAAAUCGUGGCGAUGACAGAGAGUCAAGUUCAAUACUUAACGUUCCCGGCGAGUCCACCCUGAGACGUGACUUCCAGCGUCUGCAGCAGGAGAACAAAGAGCGCUCUGAGGCUCACAAGAGGCAGCAGGCCCAGUUGGCGGCUCAGCGCCGAGACCCCGAGGAACACAAGAGACAACUGUUGCAUGACCGACAGAAACGCAUUGAAGAGCAGAAGGAACAGCGGCGCAGACUUGAAGAGCAACAGAGAAAAGAGCGAGAGAUGGUGAGGCAGCAAGAAAAAGGUCCCCAUCGGAGACUUGACGAUAUGAGACGGGAGGAAGAUAGAAGGCUGGCAGAGAGGGAGCAGGAGUUUAUCAGGCACAAGUUAGAAGAAGAGCAGCGACAGCUAGAAAUCCUUCAGCAGCAGUUGCUUCAGGAGCAGGCGCUUCUUAUGGAGUAUAAGCGCAAACAGCUUGAGGAGCAGCGGCAGUCGGAGCGCUUGCAGAGACAGCUGCAGCAGGAGCAUGCCUACCUGGUUUCUCUGCAGCAGCAGCAGCAGCAGGAUAAGAAGCCCCAGCAUUAUCAUUACAACAAAAAUCUGGAACCCAACAACAAGCCGACUUGGGCCCGUGAGGUGGAGGAGCGAAGUAAGAUGAACAGACAAGGCUCGCCCAAAAUCUGCACCACCGUCUCCGAUACUGCCAUCCAGUCUCGCUCGGACUCGAUCAGCCAGUCUGGAGUGGUCCAGUCUGCACAGACCCCACCAAUGCAAAGACCAGUUGAACCCCAAGGGGGCCAGGGCAAGUUCCAGAUGGCUCACUUGGUUCCACUGAAGCCUUACGCCGCUCCCGUCCCUCGCUCUCAGUCCCUGUGUGACCAGCCCACUAAGAACAUGUCCGCCUUCCCCACCCAGGACCCCUCCCUCACACCCACACCCCGCCCCAUCCACUCUAGAGAGCUGGUGCGGCAAAAUUCAGACCCAACUUCUGAAACGCCGGGACCGCAGGGCCUCCAGAUGCGAGAGGACCGCGGGCCCUGGAUCCGCUUGCCAGAUGUUGAACUCCCACCCAAGAUUCCCCAGAGGACAGCUUCUAUUGCCACAGCUCUCAACACCAACCUGACCUCUGGUAUCCGGCAUCCAGUGAGAGCCAGUAAUCCAGAUCUGAGCCGCAAUGAUCGCUGGGAGAGAGGAGACAGCAUGAGCGUCAUAUCCAAUCUGCCCCAGACGGGUUCUCUAGAGAGACACCGCAUCCUGAGUUCCUCCAAAAUGGAUUCGCCUAUGUUGUCUCAAGAUAGUCGACAUAAACCAGGGGAGUCUCGAACUUCCUCCCGCCCUGGUCGCCCUGCUAGUUACAAGAGAGCUAUAGGGGAGGACCAUGGCCUCUAUGCUAAGGAGCGUGCUGAGGAGCCACCGAGGCCCCCGGUAAAGGCCAACGAUUACUCCUCCUCUUCAGAGAGCAGCGAGAGCAGCGAAGAAAGUGAGAGCGGCGAGGGGCCCGAGGAGGAAGAAAGCCCCACAGACCGUCACAGGGACGCAGACACUGAUUCAGUCAACACCAUGGUGGUACAUGAAGAUGAGGGCGAGGGAGGAGAGGGAGAACAAGCUGGAGGCUAUGGGGAUCAGACCAUGCUGGUGCAGAGAACCCCAGAGAAGCGGAGCCACAAUGGAUACACAAAUUUGCCAGAUGUGGUGCAGCCCUCCCACUCCCCCACCGACUCAGCCACUCACUCGUCUCCCGGGAAGGACUCCGUUUAUGACUAUCAAUCCCGAGGUUUGGUCAAAGCAUCCGGCAAGUCUUCCUUUACCACUUUUGUGGAUCUGGGCAUGUACCAGUCACCAGGAAGUACAGGAGACAACAUGUCUCUCAGCGGCUCCAGGUUUGAGCAGCUGAAGAUGGAGGUGAGGAAAGGCUCCAUGGUGAAUGUCAAUCCCACCAACACACGCCCCCCCACUGACACGCCCGAGAUCCGCAAGUACAAGAAGAGGUUCAACUCCGAGAUCCUGUGCGCCGCGCUUUGGGGUGUGAACCUGUUGGUUGGCACCGAGAACGGCUUGAAGCUGCUGGACCGCAGCGGCCAGGGCAAAGUUUACCCCCUCAUCAACUCCCGCCGAUUCCAACAGAUGGACGUCCUGGAGGGGCUCAACCUGCUCAUCACCAUAUCAGGCAAGAAAAACAAGGUGCGGGUGUACUACCUGGCAUGGCUGAGGAAUAAGAUCCUCCACAAUGACCCCGAGGUGGAGAAGAAGCAGGGCUGGACCACCGUGGGGGAGAUGGAGGGGUGCGUGCACUACAAAGUGGUGAAAUAUGAGAGGAUUAAGUUCCUGGUGAUUGCUCUGAAGAAUGCAGUGGAAGUGUACGCCUGGGCACCCAAGCCUUAUCACAAAUUCAUGGCCUUCAAGUCGUUUGCAGACCUGCCGCACAGGCCUGUGCUGGUUGACCUGACGGUGGAGGAAGGGCAGAGGUUGAAAGUCAUCUACGGCUCAUGCGCAGGCUUCCACGCCAUCGACGUGGACUCCGGGAACAACUACGACAUUUACAUCCCCGUCCAUAUCCAGAGCCACGUCACCCCGCAUGCAAUCGUGUUCCUGCCCAGUUCAGACGGCAUGGAGAUGCUGCUGUGCUAUGAGGACGAGGGCGUUUACGUCAACACUUACGGCCGCAUCAUCAAGGACGUGGUCCUGCAGUGGGGCGAGAUGCCCACAUCCGUCGCUCACAUCUGCUCCAAUCAGAUCAUGGGCUGGGGAGAAAAGGCCAUCGAGAUCCGCUCGGUAGAGACGGGCCACUUGGACGGUGUGUUCAUGCACAAAAGAGCCCAGCGACUGAAGUUCCUUUGUGAGAGAAACGACAAGGUGUUCUUCGCGUCCGUGCGGUCUGGAGGCAGCAGCCAGGUGUACUUCAUGACCUUGAACAGAAACUGCAUCAUGAACUGGUGAAGGAACAGCUGCUCCGGUCAGUGUGAGGAACCCAGCAGGGUUCCGCGGAGGAGCCGCAGCCCAGAUAUUAUCGCGCUUUCGCAUGCACACAAAUGUGAACAUCACUCUCUCUCUCUCUCUCCAGCUCACACACACGCAAACACUCAUGCUCUGUAAACAACACACACACACACACAAUCACACACACACACACACACACACACACACACACACACACACUCCAACCUACACUCCUUAAGAUGCAGUUUCGGUCGAGGCCCCCUGGUUACACUCUCUUCUUGGAAUCAUUAUGAAAAGUUGAUGAAGAGCUUCAAAUGUUAAUACCAUCUAUGGAUUUGUACUGUAUAUACUCCGGGCUUGAUUUCCUUUAUUCGGUGGACUUGUGUUCAGUCGUAACUGUUUAGUUCCUAAUCGUGAAGUACGUUAACAUUCCUUGAUGGUUCUUCAGUACAUUUCGGAGAAGGCGUUAUUUACCAAUACUGUGUGUCCAGAUGAAGCUGUAAAUAGAUAGCUCCUCAGUUCAGAAUCAUUUCCAUUCCUCCUCUACAGUCGCUGCUCGAAGGCGACGUCAAGACAAUAAAAUGCUGGAGCACGUGUGCGCAUCGACGCUCGUGAGCCCCAAUUGUUCAGGGGCUCCUAAGGUUUCAGAGAGGCUCGAAGAAGGCUUUAGUACUUCAACAUUACAAAGGUACAUCAAGGGCAAAGUAGCUAUUUUUAAAUAGUUUUCAACAUUUAGAGUAGACAUACCAGAAGACUUCCUUUUUGUAUUUUUUUCUUCUUUUUUUUUUUUUGCCUGAGUGACUUUUCACAUUGCAACUCCUAAUCAUAGCAAGCAAGCCUCAAAAACCUGGAAGCAAAAUACAUUUUUGGUUUUUUUAAUAUCAAAAGAAAACGUCGGAUCAAUCUACAGUGAUCGACAUGAUUGAAAUCUCUUGCUUUGCUUUUUUUUUUUUUUUUUUUUUUUUUUUUUAAUAGUUAAGGUGAAACCAUUAUUUUUGUCUCAUCAGGCUUGUAUCUAAACUUUGUUUUCAUGGAUUUACAAAAUACACAAAUUUGAUAUUUAUCUGUAGUGACUCUGUAUUGGUAUUAGCCUAUUGGUAUUCUUAAUUUUACUGUAAUUAUAUUGCCAUUAUAUUUCAAUAUACACUAAUCUUGUGGAGUCUUUAAUGAAGGGAGUGUGUGUCUCUGGUCGGUCGUGUCGGGGAGCGGAGAGAGUGGGUGUGAGAUCUGUCGGCGAAGCAGGAUGUUGGAAAUCGUGUGGGGGGGGGGGAGGGUGUGCUGCCCUUAUUUUACAGUAAACUACUCCGCUGUAUUAUAUUUUAGUCCUUCAGAACAUUUUGCUAGCGUGGAUCUUUCUGUGAGAAGCACUCGUCCAGGAAAUUGCGGUCGAAGAGCUCCCUGUGUGGUGGAGUUCGCGUCUGUCUCGGGCCAGUGGGACUUGGAUUUAAUAUGUGGGGUCUCCGCAUCGCCGCGGGAGUCUCCUUCACAUCAGGCACUUUGGAGAACACGGCUGGAACUCACGAGACUUAAUAUAUUUUAUAUCUUUGCAUUCUGCCAAAGUUCACCGUAUAUUUUGCAAACAGGGGUUUUGAACGAGGCCAAAGGGAGAGCAGAUAAUCUACAGACGUUUAAGAGGAGACCGGAUCGCUGCAGAUUCCGGCAGAUCACUAACCAGGGUUUUCCUUUGAAAUCCAAAACCUCAGCUGACUCACUCAACUGCCAAAAUAUGGCAGAACUUAUUCUCUCUUGCAUGGACUUGUUGGGGGGGGAAAAAAACUAAACAAAACAUCCUUUUGACCCAACAAAUGUCCUUAUAAAUACAUGGUUAAAAUAGAGCGUCUCGACUUUUUUGUUUGUUUGGCUGCCAGCGUGAAGAAGUUUGGGAAAAUAUGAAAGGAAUCCUGGUUGGUGAUCUUUGCCAGAGUCUGCGAGCGAUUGCCCUUUAAACUUAGAAGAUAUAUUUUCUACAGUCGAAGAGAAAGCUAUCAGAAAUGUAGUUUAUGUUCAGGGCAGAAAGCAUUUAAUCAAAAAGCUAUAUAUAUAGAGAGAACGCUACUUUUAUGAGACAAUUAUAAAAACAAAAUAGAAAAGGGUAUAGAGAGCACUUUCACAGAAGAAAACAUUUGCAAAUGUGUGAAGUGUGAAGCAUAUAAGCCAUUGAAACAGAAGACAGUUGUUUGUACUGAAAUAUCUGUUAUGUGCCAUGACCUACACUUCAAAGUACUCGAUUACAAUCCGCCGGGAGCUUUGGCACACAUGCUUUUUAUGGUCAAAUCCUUAUUUUGUAUCAAUCUACCAUGUUUACAGUUUUUAGCAGUGCCUUGGAGUCGGGAAGGUGAGAGUUUUGAGGAAGGGUUGUAAUCCCCCGUGCGCCCCCACCCCCGCCACCCCCCCCCACUAUGUGUGUCUCUUACUUGAAAUCCCAGGAAGAAGAAGAAGAGGCACAACCAUAUCUGCUCCCUUAAUUUUCCUUGUGCCAGUUAAGUGCACUUAAGUCGAAUCAAGAAAAUCCCUCCGAAGGACUUGAAAUGCUUUCUUGGCACCACUUGUAAACAAUAACCUGAACUGACCGGGAGACGAUCAUUCGCUCAGAUAGUUGCAAUAACCGACGAGUUAAUACGUGUCCAAGUAAUCCGGUGUAACGUGUGUAAAGAUAUCCUCGCAGUGGGAGCCAGCAUAGAGAAAAGCCAUGUGUAUGAAGCAUGUUUGUAGAGACAACUUAGUUAUUGUGCACAUGUCCAAUGAAAGUGUGCGUCCGUGUGUGUGUGUGUGUGUGUGCGUGGGUGCGUAUGUGAGUGUAUGUGUGUCCAGACAAAUGUAGGUUGAUGCUGCGAUGAUGAGAUCAGUGCUUAUUCUUUAAUGAUGUUGAUUGUGUAAUCUCGUCGUGGGGAACGUAGCUUGACGUAUUCUGAGAAGCCUGUUUUAUAAAAUAUGUAAAUUAAUCUAUAUUGAGAAAUAAAAGUGAAUGUACAUCUACAUGAAAGAAUUGUAUUUAUAUAAAAGUGUGUAUCACUCUAUUAAUCGAAGCACAAUGCAUUUUAAGGCAGAGCUAUAAUCACAAGUGACGGAGAGGCGGAUUACUUUCUUCUCUCUCACUUUGAUCGGUCGUCCGGCUCGUCGGCGCGAAACCGGUCCGAGUAGUCGUUGGGUUGAGCGGGUAGUCGGCCGAGGCGGCUGUGUGCGCGCGUGUCGAAUACAGCAGCGUCUCCGUUGUGUGUCUCAGUACAUAUUGGAACCUUAGCAAAGAGCCGCGGCUGUGUUUGGCCUCCGGUGUGAAUCGGCCGUAGUUUGAUUUCCUCAGGUGACGACGGCGAUCGUCAUGAAGGCGGACGUGUGCGGAUAUCCGGAGCCUCGCGGUCGUAGUCAAGAGUUGUAAGCAAAUCAAAUUGUUAAAUCUAUAGAAGAAGUCAAGCACGUAUUUGAAAGCUUUAGAUUUCUGUGUAUGAAGUACAAAGAGGGAAUCCAGACGACGAUUCCACUGAUUUUACACAUCAGAAGUGUGAAGUCUCGGGGCGGAGGGGGUUUUGCGUUCUCUGAAGCUGCUGCUGCAGACUUUCUGCUUUAGAUGGCACUACACAUCAUUUAUUUGAACAUUACCAAGUAAACAUCCUACAAACAACUCAAUACUUAUCACUUCUACAUCUCUGAGGAUGUGAAAUCAGGCCACUGCGAAACGAAAUGUGUUGGAAAUACCCGUCAGUGGUCUGUUUUCCACUUCGGUGUAUGAAUUCAGUGGAGUGCUCCUGUGAAAUCUGACAUCUGGCUGUGCUUUACAAGCUUACUUCAUACGCAGAUAAAAGAUAUGUAAACCCAAAGCACACUAGAGGUACUUAUAUCAUAGAAAUAUGCAAAGAUUAUAUUUAGGCUGUUGCAUG